AUGGAAACCGUUCUCAUCGUCGGCUCAACAGGCAAUAUCGGCAUCGCGGCUGCCCAUGGAGCCCUUCAAGCCGGCCGUAAAAUCCUAGCCGUGGUUCGCAGCCAAGCCUCGGCUGACAAGCUCAUCAAGGCCAUCGGAUCCGCCGAGAACAUCACCACGGUCGUGGCCGACGUCACAUCGGGUACGGGCAUCAAGGGUGUGGUGGAUCGGGUCCGGGCCGGAGAGCUGCCGGCUUUCCAACAUGUUUACGCAUGCGCUGGCGGUGAAUAUUCACCCAUCAAGCUCACAGAGAUUACCACCGAAACCCUCCGUCGGAACAUGAGUUCCGGAUUUGAAUGCAACUUUUUCGCCUACCGCGACACCAUCGGCUACCUGGUGGAGCAGAACCACCCAAACAGCACCUGGACCAUCUGCACGGGGGCUCAGGGCGACCUGGCCAUCUUCCCGCUGCCGGCCAUGACCCAAGGUCCGCUCUUUUCCAUGGCCACGGCGGCCAGCCGAGAGAACGCAGACACGAACGUGCGCUUCGUCGAGGUCUACCUCGCCUUCCUGGUGUUGGUCGACCACAAGGCCGCCGAGCACGACGCGGUGCCUUCGUCCGAGUUUGGCAGGGUGUACGCCAAGAUCUUGGAUGAUCAGGCCGUCAAGGGCGCCAGGGUCUGGGUUCAGAAGAGGGAGGAUAUUGAGACGUUGAGGUUCACGAGCAAGUUUUGAGUUUCUUGUUUUUUUUUUUCUUUUCUUGGAC